GCUCUUCAACUCGGCGUCGGCCUCCGAGAGUUUCCACUCCAUGGUCGCGCGCGCGGUCGUUCACUCGCAAGCCGGGUUUUCCGCCGUGUUUUGAAAGAAAGCCCCGCCGAGAAAUUUCACUUCUCUCUCCGUACCGUUACCGUUGUCUCUUGUUUAUUUUGUUUUGCACUCCUGACUGCAGUGCGUUUUUGUUUCUUUCUUUUUUCGUUCUUUCCCCGACCUGUUGUUGUGUUUGAAGUUCCGUGGUGCAAGUGACGUUGUGUAGUGAUUGUGUUAUGAAGGGUCUCUCCUCGGGCCGAUUGGAUUAACUCCCCGUCGAACGGAGCUUUGGAUUUAAUGCUCAAGUGAGACACCGUCGCUGAAAUGAAGUAUUUCGUCACGGAUGAUGAUCUUCACUGGCACACGACUGCCGGCGAGAUAGCGAUGAACCGGUGCAAGUCACCGGUGACGAUUCGACAUGAGAGAGGCGGCUCCGCUGACACAAACCUCAUUCGUAUCGACAAUUCCUCAAACCACGGCUCCAACGAUGACCCCGUCUUCGAAGACGAGCAUGAGUUCUACUACCCUUCCUCCACCCUUCUAUCAAAUGGUGGCUCCGCGGAGCUAGUAGAGGAUUCAGAUGGAAGUAAAAUAAGGACGGCCAUAGAACAAGUCCAGUCUAAAAUUGCCAAAUACAAGGAGCUACUCCGAAAUGAACAGACUGCUCGAGAUGAUAAUGUAAAUGAAUAUUUAAAAUUAGCUCAAAGUGCAGAGAAGCACCAACUGUCACGGCUCAAAGGUGUUUUCGAGAAGAAAAAUCAGAAGUCGGCGCAAAGUAUACUUAACCUGCAAAGGAAGUUAGAAAGUUACGAUAAGCGUUUACGAGAUCUCCAACUUCAUGGCCUGCACAGUCACCAUCGGCAGCCACGUGAGGUUCUUCGUGAUAUGGGGCAAGGCCUCAAGAAUGUUGGUGGCAAUAUUAGGGAUGGAAUCAGUGGUCUGUCAGGGUCUGUCAUGUCCAAACCAAGGGAAUUUGCACAUUAUUUAAUUAGGAAUAAAUUUGGUAGUGCUGACAACAUAAAUUCACUGUCCAGGAAUGGAGAAAACGACUCAACAGAAGAAGAAGGAAGGACUCAUCAUGGAAGCGCAACUCUCCCUGGUGGCUGCAGUCUUGCCUCGGGUGGAAGCGCUGGUGCCCUGAAAUUCCCCAUUGGCCCAAGCGAUGAAGGCAGUGAAUGUAGUUCUGUCACUAGUGAAAGUAUUCCUCAUCCCCACUCAUCUUCCCCUCAUUCCAACCCCCCUCCCGCCCAAACCACCAACACCUCCACCCCUCCCCCUCCGCACUUAGAGCACGUACUGGCAGAGCUCCGUUCCCAACGAGAGGAAAUUGAUCGAUUACGCAAUAAAAUAGAAAAUGUAACGGAAAUGGUCUCAAAAGACAUUGCAACACUGAAUCACGCACUGCAAGAAGAACGUUUCAAGAGCGAGCGGUUAGAAGAGCAAGUGAACGAUUUGACAGAAUUACAUCAAAAUGAGGUAGAGAAUUUGAAGCAAACAGUGUCUGACAUGGAAGAGAAAGUACAGUAUCAAAGUGAAGAACGGUUAAGAGAUAUUCAUGAAAUGCUGGAGUCAUGUCAAACAAAGAUCUCAAAAAUGGAGCAUCAGCAAGCUCAGCAUCAGCAAUACUUAACGUUAGAAGGGUUAGACAACUCCAACGCCCGCGCAGUUGUCGUCAAACUAAUCAAUGUGCUACUGACUGUGUUACAAGUGAUACUCCUCUUGGUCGCAACCAUUGCAGGCAUCAUCAUGCCGUUCCUUCGCACACGACUGCGCGUCCUCUCAACGAUCGUUGCUCUCGCAGCCUUCGUCGUAGUUGUCAAGCAGUGGCCUGAAGUAAGGAAUAUAACCGAAUUCCUUGCAACGUACUUCAAACAGUUCCUUUCGGUCAAACAGUAACGUGAUAUUGUACAGAUACUAAAAUGAAAAUGUACAUGUUGAAACGUUCAGCCAAUCUUUGUUUCCCGAUGGAGAAGUCCCAAACCUUUUCGUAAUGAAGCAAUCAGCUUGUGAUUUCUCCGCUCCAACUCAAAGGUACGAUUAUUAUUUUCAUAUCAAUGUGCUGGAAAAAAAUUCCUCAAUUUUAGGUGGCGCAACUAGUUUUUAAUGCUAUUGUGAUAACAAAAAGGAAAAAUUGAAGUUAAUUUAAUUUGCUUUUUAAUUUUCCUUUAAAUUGAUUUUAAGUUAUUCAAAUUUAUUUAUCUUGUCAAACUCUUCUGGAAUUUUGUAGCCCUUGUUGUGGGGCUGCUGUUAAUUUAUCAUUAUUGUGUUAAUGAAAUAUUCAAGAUCAAAAUGAAUCGUAAUUCAUGUUACGGUGCUUUGAUGCAGUAUGUUUUCACUUGCUCACAAUUUCAAGUGACUGAUUUUCUUGUUUAUUUCCUUGCACUGGCCAAUGGAGUGUUUUCUUUUUAAUUGUAGUGUUGGGUUUUUUUUCUUUUUCUUUUUUUCCACACUCUUCUUUUGUGAAUGAAAGACUCGGAAGCUGAAACUGCUUAAUACAGUAUUGCCGUACCAAGGAAGAAUGCUAUACAAGCUUAAAAACGUCGCCAUAUUUCUUCCAGUAAAAAGCGAAUUUAUCAGAAAAACUGAAGAUAUUUUUCUUCCAAAUUUUCAGACAAAUAGUCUGCAAUAGCAUGGUAGAGAAGCAAUGCAAGUCUUUAAUAAUCUUGCAACUUUUGCUAAGCGAUCAAUGAUCAUGCUUAACCCUUUGAUUUUUUUCCUACAAUAUAUGCCACAAUUCUUCUCUACAAACAUCAGUUUAUUCAUUUUUUGUUUGUUUCGAUAAGCUUUAAAAAUUUACAUGUAUUUUUCGGCUCCUGUGCCUUUCAUAAAUAAACUCACUUCACCCUUGUAAUGAAUUGACUAGCAGUAAAUAAUGCAAACUGGAAGAGCUCAUAGCUCUGCGACUAUGCAAAUUCCAUUUCGUGCGUUAUUUAGGUAAAAAAGUAAUCUACACCAUCGCUGAGAAACUUCUAUGAUAUUUUAUCUCUUUGUAAAGCAAAUGUUAUGAAAAUUUCCAGCAAAUAAAAAAGAAAUCUGGAAAAAAAGGAAAUAAUAAAACGUUAAAUGGAGGUAUUUGUUUUCAAAGUUUUGACGUUAGAUCCUGCCCCUCCUCUCCUUUUGAAUUUAUGAAAAUCUAUCAAUUUAAGAAUCUUAAUUUUUCUUACUAAAUUUUGGACGGAUGAUUUUUUUUUAUUCUUUGAUGUGUCACCCUCAUUUAUUGUCUUGGUUUCCAAAUAGGAUCCUCAUUUAUCUAUUCUCAUUCUCUCUAUUGCCAAAAUAAAAACUGGAGACUCAGUGAUAUCUUAGCUGCAUACUUUUACUUUUAACCCAUUUUGUUUGUGUUCCAUCAAUGACUCAUGGAAGUAUGUUAAAUCGAUUGAAGAUAAGGUUUGAUUCUGUUGCUUUUCAUUUCCAUUUUUUCUGAGUUUCCAAAUCUGAUAAAGUUCAAGCUUAGAAGAGUUAAUUGCUUAUUUUUUGGCUUACUAUUUGGGUUCUAUCAACCAUCUUGUUUUUUUGUCUUUACUUUUUCCCCCGUUUCUUUAAAGGGAAACUUUUAAAUUACACUAAAUGGUCCUGGUUAAAUAAUGGAAAGUUCCAUUAAUUUUACCGAAAACCCUCUACAAUUUUCCAAACAAGCUUGAAAGAUUUUGUUCUUUGUUGUGAAAGUAUGAAAAUGUGAAGAUAAAUAAUCUCAGAGUCCACGCCACAUAAGUUCAUGCACACUUAAACUACUUAAAAAGUUUCAAUUGAUAAAUGCUUGCGAAAGAACUUUUCAUAUUACUCAGCAAAAAAAAUAAUUUGGAAUUACUGAGUCGCUGCGGCUUUAAAACCCUUGUCAUGACUAUCAAUUUUGCCAAACUUAGAAUAUCACAUGCAUAUAUACUAGCAAACUGCAGAAUAUUGCUAACAUCCUAGCAAAGUACUCUCGUCUUUGAAGAUCACCCAUUUCACCUUUUGGAAACUGAGCGAUUUUCGUAGUGAAAUUUUAUUUUAUUUUGGUUCAACUGAACAUGUUGAUUCCUGAAAAAAUUGUGAGUUGUUGAAUAUUGUUACAUUCUUUGUCUCUAGUCGUGUUAAAUUCUUCCCUUCCAAAAUUGUUCUCUCUAUUUUUUGUGAAAUUUCCCCCUUUUUCUCUUCGUUUUGUAACUUGAGCACUAAAGUUGGCCCGAUUGUUGCUUGUGCUAGUUGUAGUCAUUCCUGCUACACUCGAAUUUUGAAAACUUGUUCAAAACAAAGUUUCUGUCAUAAGAUCUGCUCGAUAGUAAUAACGUUUGUUGGGGAAAAAAAGGUUCGCAGUUCGGGCCAAUUCUCACCCAUGUCAAACCAAAUCAAUUUCUCAUAUAAUGGAAAUGUACUAAAUUAGCAAGGCUGCUAAUAAAAGAAGUAAAAAAGGGAAAAAUGUGUUUACAGAGGCGUCUAAACUCACUAUUUUGUCUCACAUUUGGCAGUCUUUGCAUUCACCCCUUAUGGAUGCUAAAAGCUGUCAUCCUCUACCCAUAUUUGCAGAUUAAAUUAUUUAAGAUGCCUUCCCUUUUACGCACAUUUUUUUUCAGAAAGAACAAAAUUUAAUAUUUAAAUAGUGAAAAUGCUUGGAAAUGGAUCGAAUUUAAAAGAAAGGAACUAAAUAUACCUUUUCAAAAGAGUUGAUUUACGUAUUCUUAAGUGGAUUUAGGUAUUCAAACUUAAUUCAAUGUAUUUUGGAUGACCACCACUGAAAUUUCAAACCCACUAUCUCUUUGGAGGUUACUUUGAAGUUCAAAAAGUUCACUUUCUAGAGCUAACGGUGGGUGCUUUAGGAACUUUUAACAAGGAUUGAUUCAUUUAAAUCAAUGAUGUUGUUUUUGGCAAUUUAUUUGGCUUUUGUUUGAAGCAGAGCCUAAAAAAUCCAAAAGAAACUGAAACUCAACCGAAGUUCUACCCUAUUCUGCAGCUAUUCACUUUGGCUAUUUUCUGUUGGAUUCGAUCCAUGCAUCUUUAAAAUAUUUUUAACACUGGCUCUCAAAUGAUUCAUGGAUGUCUACAUUCGGGGGAAAAAAUGGCUUAGCCCUUGCUAAGUGCCACUGGCUGAUGAAGUAUUUUAAAUAAGAUUUUGUAGAUCUAGGUGUCAGUUGUUAUUAUUUAAUGCUUGCUUGAAUACCCACUUUUUGUAACGAUAGCCAAGCUUUUAUCUUGCCUUUCAAAAAUGAUUUGCAUUUUGUAUUGUAUUUUUUAAUUUUGUACAUAAUUAGGUACGGGUCAAUUAAUUUAAUGUGUCUUGGAUUGCAAUGACUCAUCAGAAAUCACAUUUAGAUGCAAUCAAAUCACAGAACAUGGUAUCUUUAGAAAACCACCAUGAAAAAUUCUGCCCUCGACUGCUGGAAAAUGACUUCUUGAAUUAUUUUUGAGACCCUCUGACAAUUAGAAAAGAUGUCUGACUAAGGAGUUUAAAGUCACUGUAAAAUGUUUUCUCUCAAUCAGCUAUCACGCCUCUCAUUACAAAUAAUGCUACAACAAAUAUUCUCUUUUCCUCCUCAAAUUUCUGGUAAAUUUCUUAAAGAUGUUUUUUGGACUCUAAUUUGUUGUAAUUUUUGUCCCUUCUCUAAAGUCAUGUCCAAAAAAAUCUAUCACUGAAUAAUUUUUUGAGGAUUACUGUUCUAAGGAGCAGUAAGUUUCCAAGGAAGUUGCAAUCGUAGUCAAAAUGACUGCGAAUUUAACAACAAAUCAUGAACAGUACGCAAAACUUACGUCAAUAAUACUAACUUUGCAAAAACCAAAAA